AUGUCUUUGACGCACCUCAUCUUGUCAAUUGUCAAUACUAACAACAGAAUGCAAGUGUUGCCUCCUGCCAACGGAAAAAAAUUAUGGAGAGUCAAGAGAGACUCUACUGGUAACCCAGCAAGCCUGGAUGCUAAGCUGUCGCUCGAGUGCUUGAACAACUCUUUAAAGAUCUCUGCUGCUGGUAAGCAGUUCAUGUCUAAGAGACCACCAUUGAAGAGACCCAAGAGCAAGCCAGGUAUGCCAAAGGACUUUGUUUUUGUUGACUUGUCUCCAGUCAAGACCAGUGAAGACGAGGAGUGUGGCUCUGUUUCUUCUGCAUCUUCCUCUCCAUCAUACGGUGAGAAGUUACUGCCUUUGUCGAUGACUAACGACUCGUUCUCUUCAUAUGAUGACGACUCUUACAACAACUUCAACUUGAACAAUACCUGCAACUACCAGACUCAGCAGCCUGUCUACGACAACCAGUUGCUCGGAUUGGGAUUGAUGAACAUGCCAACAGAAUACCCCCAGCCAUCGAUGGCUGAGAUGGCCAUGCAAAUGCAACAAGAACAGCUUGCUUUCCAAAGAUUCUUGCAGUUCCAGUCGCAGUUCAUUCAAACACCACAGAUCACUCAAACUCCUGUGAUGCCUCCAUUGCAGACGCCAAUGGAGCACAGAAGAUCAAAGUCUACGUCAGUUCCAAGAAGAAAGUCCGCAGGCGGAUUCCAAUUCAAGACUUACAAGGGCCCAAACACUGUUAAGAAGCCACAGAUGAGAAAGCACAGAAGAUGCAUUCUGGAGCCUAGCCAGAAGUUGGCUGCUGCUGCUGCUCAGAUGGCUGGUGGUGUUCCUAAUGAUGGCUUUAACUCUGACAUCAACUCUGAGUUGGAGGAGUUCUUGCAGGCUCCAAAGAACGAGAUUUCAAUGGACUCCCUUGAGCAAUUUGACCUUGCCUACACGCCGUUGACGGACUUGAGCGACUUUGAGAAUGUCGACACCUUGCACAAGCCAAUUGAUUUGGACAUGAUGCAUGGGUGCGAUUCUCACCUCUUCAAGGAGGACUUUGACAUGUCUUCUUUUGUCUCCAUUUAG